AUGAGUGUAAAAGUUGCUGUCAGGGUGCGGCCUUUCAAUACUAGAGAAAAGGACUUAUCCUAUAAAUAAAAUUUAUUAAAUUAUCAAUAAAUGAAAAAAUAAUUAUUUUUUCAAAAAUAAAAAAUUAAAAUCAAUGAGUUAGGCGCUCAGCUUUGUAUCAAAAUGGAUGGUCAAACCACUAUAAUUACUGACCCAAAAACUGGCAAUCCUAGAGAUUUUUCAUUUGAUUAUUCCUUUUGGUCCCACGAUGGCUUCACAGAAAGAGAAGAUGGCUACCUGCUCAGAGCUGACGACCGAUAUGCAGACCAACAAAUAGUGUACCAUGAGCUUGGAGAACAAGUUUUAAACAACGCUUGGGAAGGUUACAAUUGUUGCCUUUUUGCAUAUGGACAAACUGGCUCAGGAAAAUCCUAUUCUAUGGUAGGAUAUGGAGCUAAUAAAGGCAUCAUCCCAGUGAGUUCAGAAGAAAUCUUUAUCAGAAUUAACCAAAAUCCGAACCCGAAUUUGAUGUUUGAAGUUAUGGUAAGUAUGCUUGAAAUUUAUAAUGAAAAAGUAUCAUGAUUUAUUUUGAAAAAAAAAUGAAAAAUAAUAGAAAGAAUUUUUUUAUAAUUAAAAUAUAUAAGGAUACAGGAUUUGCUAAUCCCUGUAAACCAAAGACCACAAGGAGGCCUCAAAAUCAGAGAAAGCAAAGUCACUGGGGUUUUUGUCGAAAAUUUAUCAAAACACCCUGUCAGCUCAUAUGCGGAAAUUGAAAAAUUGAUGGAAAAAGGAAACACAAAUAGGUCAAUUGGAUCAACACAGAUGAAUGCUACAAGCAGCCGAGCUCAUACAAUUUUUACUAUAGAGUUUAAGCAAAUUCUGAUUAAUAAUGACACAAAAACAGGAAAAGUUUCUGUUAUUAAUCUGGUUGAUUUAGCAGGCAGCGAAAAAGCUGGCCAAACAGGAGCUACUGGAGAAAGGCUUAAAGAAGGCUGCGCUAUUAAUAAAUCUUUGGUCGUAUUAGGGUCAGUUAUUGAAGCUUUAGCCGAAAAAUCGUCCGGAAAAGACAAUAAAAAAGGUAUUGUGAUCCCGUACAGAGAUUCAGCACUCACAAGAAUUUUGCAAAAUGCCUUGGGAGGGAACAGUAAAACUGUCAUGGUUUGCGCACUUUCACCUGCCACUGUAAAUUAUGAAGAAACACUGUCCACUCUUAGGUACGCUGAUAGAGCAAAAAAAAUAUUUUUUUAGCAAGAAAUAUCCUCAUUAUUUAAAACAUAAAGCAUUACUUUUCAUAGAAAAAUAAGAAUUGAUAUUAAUAGAAAUUAGCCUAUUUUUAUAGAAAAAUAUAAAAAAAUCAUGCAGUUGUUAAUGAGUCUCCAGAAGAAAAAAUCAUCAGAGAACUUACUAACUCCCCUCCCCUCCUUGAGGACUAAAGAAUUUUGUUCGAAAAGGAGUUAAUUUUUUUUUUUAAAAAUAUUUAUAUAUAAAUUUUAUUGUAUAAUAUAAUUUUUUGUUCGCUCACGCAUGGUGGGUUUUUGGGUAGAAAAUAGUGAUUUUUCAAACAGUUUUGUUCGCUCAUGGAGGGGGGAGUAAAGAAAAUGAAGAGUUAAAAUCUUUAAUUGAAGAAGCAGGAGGAAUUGAAAGAUUAAGGGAGCUUAGAGAAAUGCUAGAAGCAAAUGAGAAAUUUUCAACUGCACAAAGCAUGAGCUGGCAGCAGCAAAGAGAAGCUAUUCAAGAAGACUUUGAGCCAGAAAUUGACAGAUCUGGGCCUCAUAUUACGAAUCUUAAUGAAGAUCAUUUGCUCUCUGGAAAAGUUGUAUAUAAUUUUGAUAAUGUACCAUUGGUUGUGGGUAGGAAAACUGGAAACCCUAAGCCAGAUAUAAUUAUUGCGAAUUCUAGUGUUAGGCCGAGGCAUUGUACUUUUAAUAAAGAUGAAAAUGAAAAUAUCACGUUGGAGCCUAUAGAACCCUCUUGCAGUGAAUUUUUAUAUGUAAACGGUCAAAAAGUUUAUGAAAAAGUUAUUCUUAAGCACCUGGACAGAAUCAUCAUAGGGACAAAUCAAAUUUACUUAUUCAAAAGACCUGGAGAAGACUCAAAAUACAAAGAAAAUGAUAUUGACUACGAAUUCGCAAUGGAGGAGAAAAACGAAGCCCAACAAUUAGAGCUGGAAAAAGAAAUACCACAGCUGCCUCCACAGCCUCCAACCCCAAUUCUAACAAAAACUGCUUCAAUUCCUCAUGAAGAGCCUAAAAAUGACAUUGUGACUGAGCCAGAAACCCACCCUGAAAACCAUGAAAAUUCAGCUGAGCCUCCACAAGAGCCUGCUUUAGCCCUUGAAGUCCCUCCAGAACCUGAGCCAAUCAGUAAAAAACGCCAGCUUCAUUCCAGGCUUGCCAAACUUUUCCCACUUGUAAACGAAGCCAAUUUAAUAGCGACAGAUUUAAGCCGACAUGUAAAAUUCAAUGUAAAAAUCAUCAAUCUUCUUCCUGAUGAGGUCGAAAAAGAAGAAGAUUUGGAGCCUGAUUAUUGGGAAAAAGAACUUAAAGUCGAAGUACAAAACCAAGAUUAUGGCUUGAUUUGGCUAUGGGAUGUAGAAAAAUUCGAAGACAGGCUUUGUAUGCUCAGAGAAAUGCUAGACGAACAAACUGAUCCGUCUCCUGAAGAAGAUCCACUAUGGGAUCCUCCAGAAGAAAAUAUACUUGGAAAAGGCUAUUAUUCUUUAAAACCCCUUGGGUUGCUAUUUGAUAACCCUUUUAACAUUCUUAUAAUUAGUACAAGCGGAGGAGACGCAGGACUUCUUAAAAUGAACAUUGUCCCUACAGACGAAGACGGCAACAUGCUAGACGAAGGCCCAGAAACCCCUGAAGAACUUAUUGGAUCCCUCAUAAAUUUCCGUGUCGAAAUCCAUGAGGCUUGGAAUAUUCCUUUAUCCCACGCAAAUAACGUGUAUUGUGAGUACCACUUCCCAGGCCUUGGGAUACGUAGAACUAAUGUGUUUCCUGGCUAUUCAGAACACCCUAAUUUUAACUAUAAGGAACAAUUUACUAGUGUCCUCGUAGACGAUUUCUUGUGCAAUUAUAUGCAAACCAAAAAAUUAGCAAUUUCGGUGUUCGGGACUGGAAUGGCUAUGAAGGUAGAAACACAAAAAAAUCAAAAUCAGAAGCCGACCUAUGAGAGCGCCCCUGCACAAGCACCAUGUGUGGAAAAUGUCAUGGAAAAUAGGAUACAAAGAGCGGUGACUGUUGGGAAUACGAGCAACUUGCGUCAAAAUGAGGGAGAAGUGGGUCUUCAGAGGACUGCGACAACUGGGAGUGUGAGUAGUAAGGAAAGCUCUAAAGGAUCUGGGAAAAACGCUAAGGGUGGGAAAGAUAAAGAAAAAUGCUUUAUAUUUUAG